UUCUCUCAGCGCCGAACACCACUACCAAGUGAACCUUCUUUCUAAACCCGUCUAAUAAAACGUGCCAGCUGCCCCCGAACAACAACAAAAAAACACACCUGCCAUGACCGCCUCUUCGAACCGGGACGGAACCGGACACAUUACCGGGCACGUUCGGAGGACAGCAUGCAGAUGUAUUAGCAGGCAUACCAGGACCUGGCCAAGGAAAGUGCACGGAAUACGGAUUUUUGAGCUAAUGAAGGCAGGAGUAGCAGCGCGCCAUUGGAACCGGGUUCUGUUCUUGUUUAUGGGGCUAUUGGCAGCCUCAGCCUCAGCCUCGGUUAAGGCUCAGAACUGCAGUUAUUCUCUCCAGAGCCCCAACGGUACGAUAGAGAGCCCCGGCUACCCGUACGGUUACCCCAACUAUGCCAACUGUACGUGGGUGAUCCUGGCAGCAGAACACAACAGGAUACAGCUGGUGUUCCAAGGUUUCGCUCUAGAGGAAGACUUCGACAUGCUGUCUGUCUACGACGGUCCGCCCAGCCCGGGGAACCUUAGGACCAGGUUGACGGGGUUCCAGCUGACGUCUCCCAUAGUGAGCACAGGACCCAGCCUCACACUGUGGCUGCUGACAGACUACGCUGUCAGUGGACAAGGCUUCAACCAAACCAGGGAGGCUCUACCUAGUUAUACCUGUGGUAACCCAGGCCAGCUGGUCAACGGUCUUCAACAGGGCUCAACCUUUAACAUUGGAGAGAAGAUCAGGUACAGCUGCAGCCCCGGCUACGUGUUGGAGGGUCACACCACGCUGUCCUGUCUGGCUACGUCUGCUGGGACUGCAGCAUGGGACUUCCCCCUGCCCUACUGCAGAGCGGAUGAUGGUUGUGGGGGUACGUUGCGAGGCCAGAGCGGUGUGAUCACCAGCCCCAACUACCCAGGGGAGUACAGCAACAAUGCAGACUGUACCUGGACCGUCCUGGCUGAGCCUGGAGACACCAUCGCCCUGGUCUUCUCUGACUUUACCCUGGAGGACGACUAUGACCUGCUGGAGGUCAGCGGCACAGACGGCUCCUCUCAGUGGUUCACUGGUCCUAAUCUGCCAUCUCCCGUCCUCAGCAGUAAGAACUGGUUACGACUACACUUCACCUCUGAUGGAAACCACAAGCUGAGGGGCUUCAGUGCCCAGUACCAAGUGAAGAAGAUGACAGAGCUGAAGUCCAGAGGAGUCAAGAUGAUGCCCAGUAAAGACAAUCAUCACAAGAUAUCAGUGUUGUCUCAGAUGGGCGUGGCCCAGGGACAUAACAUGUGUCCAGACCCGGGGAUCCCUGACCGAGGGAAGAGAAAAGGAUCAGACUUCAGGCGAGGUGCCACAGUGCACUUCUCCUGUGAUGAGGGUUAUGAGCUGCAGGGCUCUAAGAGCAUCAGCUGCCUGAGAGUCACAGACAGCUACGUAGGCUGGAGCGACGACCGACCCAUCUGCAGAGCUCCGAUGUGUGGCGGUCAGCUGAGAGGCCCUAACGGCAUCAUCACAUCACCAAACUACCCUGUCCAGUAUGACAACAAUGCUAACUGCACCUGGGUCAUCAUCGCUACAGACACCACCAAGGUGAUAAAAGUGACCUUUGAGGACUUUGACCUGGAGCGUGGUUAUGAUACGUUGACGGUUGGAGACGGAGCUGCGGUCGGAGACCAGAAGACCGUCUUUCACGUCCUAUCAGGGACCACUACUCCAGACCUGGUGGUCAGCACCAGUCAUCAGAUGUGGCUCAACUUCAAGACUGACGACACCAGUGGCUCUCAGGGCUUCAAGGUGUCUUAUGGAGAGAUUGACCAGGGCAGCUGUGGCGACCCAGGGAUACCGGCCUACGGCAAGCGGGAGGGGACAGGUUUCCGCCACGGGGACAGGCUGCACUUCGAGUGUCUCCCUGCGUUUGAGUUGGUGGGAAAGAAGAACAUCACCUGCCAGAAGAACAACCAGUGGUCAGCCAAGAAACCCAGCUGUGUCUUCUCAUGCUUCUUCAACUUCACAACCCCCUCUGGGGUGCUGCUGUCCCCAAACUACCCCCAGGAAUAUGGAAACAAUAUGCACUGUGUGUGGCUCAUCAUCACCAAGCCAGAGAGUAGGAUUAACCUGGCCUUCAAUGACCUCAGCAUGGAGAAGCAGUUUGACUUCCUCAGUGUCAAAGACGGUGGCAAGGCUGAGUCUCCCAUCCUGGGUACUUUCUCUGGUGACGUGCUGCCAGCUCCCAUCACCACCAGUGCCCACGUGGCACGCCUAGAGUUCCUGACUGACCACACCUACACAGAACGAGGGUUCAACAUCACCUUCACCACGUUCCGCCACAAUGAGUGUCCAGACCCGGGGGUUCCAGUGAAUGGGAAGAGGUUUGGCGAGAACCUUCAGCUGGGCAGCUCCAUCUCCUUCCUGUGUGAGGAGGGCUUUGUGAAGACCCAUGGCUCACAGACUGUCUCCUGUAUCCUGAAGGAUGGAAAUGUGGUCUGGGACAACGCUGUGCCACGCUGUGAAGCUCCGUGUGGAGGUGAUCUGAAGGCUCCUAGCGGUAUUAUCCUGUCCCCUGGUUGGCCAGAGCUCUAUAAGGAGGCUCUUAACUGUGAGUGGGUCAUCGAGGCUCUGCCAGGAUACCCCAUCAAGAUCAUUUUUGACAAGUUUCGUACUGAGGUCAACUAUGACGUACUGGAAGUGCGUGACGGCCGGUUCCCCUCCUCGCCUCUGAUUGGUAGUUACCAGGGUACCCAGGUGCCCCAGUUCCUCAUCAGCACCUCCAACUUCCUGUUCCUCCUCUUUUCCACCGACAAGAGCCACUCGGACAUCGGCUUCCGCAUCCGUUAUGAGACUCUACAGCUACAGUCAGAUCACUGUGUCGACCCUGGCAUCCCCGUCAACGGCCAACGCCAUGGCAACGACUUCUACGUGGGUGCCUUGGUAACGUUCAGCUGUGACGCCGGGUACUCCCUCAGCGACCCAGAACCCCUGGAGUGUGAACCAAACUACCAGUGGAGUCGACCCCUGCCCAGCUGUGAUGCGUUGUGUGGAGGUUAUAUUCAGGGUAACACCGGUACCAUCCUCUCCCCUGGGUUUCCUGACUUCUAUCCUCACAACCUCAACUGCACCUGGAUGAUAGAGUCCUCCCACGGGAAAGGUUCUACUGUAUUUUUCACCUUCCAUACAUUCCACCUGUUAGAGUCUCCUCAUGACCACCUGUUGGUGACAGAGAACGGCAGCUUCCCCGUUCCCCUGUGGAGACUAACGGGCUCAACACUGCCCCCCACCCUCAGUGCAGGCCUGUAUGGGAACUACAAUGUCAGCUGUUAUGACCCUCUCAGACUUCUCUGUCUCCUAACGGUUGAUGGAUUCAACAUCACCUUCUCAGAGUAUGACCUGGAACCAUGUGAAGACCCGGGAGUUCCUCCCUACAGUACCCGUAAGGGGUUACAGUUCGGGGUAGGGGACGUGCUCAUCUUCUCCUGUUUCCCUGGUUACCGUCUGGAGGGGCCGGCGAGGGUGACGUGUCUUGGUGGGCGGAGGAGGGUGUGGAGCUCCCCUCUGCCAAGGUGUGUUGCUGAGUGUGGAUCCUCAGUGACUGGCAUGCAGGGAGUGCUGCUGUCUCCUAACUACCCAGGUUACUAUGGGAACCACCACGAGUGUAUCUACUCUAUACAGACCCAGCCAGGCAAAGGCAUCCAGCUCCGAGCACGAGACUUCAGACUGGAGGACGAUGACAUGCUCAAAGUGUUUGAUGGCAAUAGUAACCAGGCUCGUCUGUUGGGUGUUUUCUCUGGGACUGAGCUGCAGGAAAACACGCUCAACUCUACAUCCAGCUCCAUGUGGCUGGAGUUCGUCAGUAACGCAGACAACACCAGCAAGGGCUUUGAGCUACACUUUACCAGUUUUGAGCUGUUGAAGUGUGAGGACCCGGGUGUUCCUCAGUUUGGUUAUAAGAGAGAAGAUAAGGGUCACUUCGCUGGCAGCACCGUGUGUUAUAGCUGUGACCCAGGAUACACCUUGAAGGGACCCCAGAUCCUGACCUGUUUGAGGGGGGAGAGGAGAGCCUGGGAUAGCCCCCUUCCCUUAUGUGUCGCGGAGUGUGGGGGAACCAUCAAGGAUGAGCCUACAGGUCGAAUACUGUCUCCAGGUUACCCAGCUCCAUAUGAACAUAACCUGCACUGUGUCUGGAGCAUCGAAGCGGCCCCAGGAAGCACUAUAGGUCUCCACUUCCUGGUAUUCCAUACGGAGGAGGUCCACGAUGUGUUGCGUAUCUGGGACGGUCCCCAGGACGGAGGGGUCCUCCUGAGGGAGCUCAGUGGAUCGACCCUUCCGCCUGACGCCCACAGCACCUUCAACGCCAUCAGCCUCCAGUUCACCACCGACUUCUUCACAUCCAAACAGGGCUUCGCUCUGCAGUUCUCUGUGUCCACUGCUACGUCAUGUAACGACCCAGGUCUGCCCGCCAACGGGACCCGCAGUGGGGACAGCAAGGAGCCCGGAGACCAUGUCCUGUUCCAGUGUGAUCCCGGUUACGUCCUUCAGGGGGCCACCAAGAUCACCUGCACAGAGAUCAACAGCCGCUUCUUCUGGCAGCCUGACCCCCCCACCUGCACAGCUCCGUGUGGGGGGAACCUGACGGGCCCCACUGGGCUGAUCCUGUCCCCAGAGUACCCCGAGCCGUACCCCCACGGGCGAGAGUGCGACUGGACCGUCUCUGUCACCCCUGACUACGUCAUCGCACUCAAUUUCAACCAGUUCAGUCUGGAGCCCAGCUAUGACUUCCUCCACAUCUAUGACGGUCCUGACUCCCUCCAUCCUCUGUUGGGGAGUUUCUACGGUACUGACGUCCCCGACCGCAUCGAGAGCAGUUCCAACACACUCUUCCUCGCCUUCCGCAGCGAUGCAUCGCUCAGCAGCAACGGCUUCAUCCUGCAGUACACAGAGAACCCUAGAGAGUCAUGCUUUGAGCCGGGGGUGGUGAGGAACGGUACCAGGAUUGGAGCUGACCUUAAGCUGGGCUCAACCACCACCUACUACUGUGAUAGUGGAUAUACUCUGGAAGGAGAACCCACUCUGACCUGCGUCAUGGGAUCAGACAGCAAGCCCUCCUGGAACAAACAAAAACCAAUCUGCAUAGCUCUGUGUGGAGGGCAGUAUUCUGGGCUGGAGGGUGUGGUCUUGUCUCCCGGUUACCCAGGCAACUACAGCAGCGCCCGGACAUGUCUGUACUCGGUGGUCGUGCCCAAAGACUACGUGGUGUUCAGCCAGUUUGCGUUCUUCCAGACGGCUCUGAAUGACGUGGUGGAAAUCUACGACGGAGCAACGCAGCAUUCCAGAGUCCUCAGUUCCCUGUCUGGGACACACACAGGAGAGUCGCUGCCGUUGGCAACAUCCAAUCAGGUUCUGAUCCGAUUCACCUCCAAAGGCCAAUCCAGCUCCAAAGGAUUCCACCUGGUGUAUCAAGCGGUGCCAAGGACCAGUGCCACCCAGUGCACUUCAGUCCCAGAGCCCAGGAACGGGAGGAGGACGGGGAAUAACUUUGCUGUGGAAGCCGUGAUCCGCUUUGAAUGUUCCCCCGGAUACGUACUGGAGGGAUCCACCGCCAUAGAGUGUCUGACUGUCCCCAACGCCCUGGCUAACUGGAACUCAUCUAUACCCAGCUGUAUAGUACCAUGUGGUGGUAAUCUGACCCAGAGGACCGGUACCAUCCUGUCUCCUGGUCUUCCUGAGCCCUAUCUCAACAGCCUCAACUGUGUCUGGAAGAUCACAGUCCCGGAAGGAUCAGGAAUACAAAUCCAGGUGAUCAGUUUUGUGACUGAACAGAACUGGGAUUCUCUAGAGGUGUUUGAUGGAGGAGACAACAGUGACACCAUGCUGGGGAGCUUCUCAGGAACGACGGUCCCUGCUCUCCUGAACAGCACGUCCAACCAGCUCUACCUACACUUCUUCUCUGACAUCAGUGUGUCUGCUGCCGGCUUCAGGCUGGAAUACAAGACCGUCUCUCUGACCAGUUGUCCAGAGCCAGUGGUACCUAUGAAUGGUAUCAAGGUGGGAGAGAGACUCCACAUGAACAGCGUUGUCUCUUUCCAGUGUGAGCCAGGAUACACAUUACAGGGAAACUCUCACAUCUCCUGCAUGCCAGGGACCGUCAGGCGAUGGAACUACCCACCUCCACUCUGCAUUGCCCAAUGUGGAGGAAUCCAGGAGGAGAUGGAAGGCAUGAUCCUUAGCCCUGGUUUCCCAGGCAACUACCCUAGCAACAGUGACUGUACCUGGAGAAUCUACCUGCCUGUGGGAUACGGAGCCCAUGUCCAGUUCCUCAACUUCUCCACCGAAGCUAACCAUGACUUUCUGGAGAUCAGGAACGGCCCACUGGACACCAGCACUGUGAUUGGUCGAUUCAGUGGACAGGAUGUCCCGCCCUCCCUGCUCACCACCUCCCAUGAGACCACAGUGUAUUUCCAUAGCGACCACUCCCAGAACAAGCCAGGCUUCAGGUUUGAGUACCAGGCCUAUGAGCUCAAUGAGUGUCUGGACCCAGAGCCGUUCCGUUACGGCGUGGUGGUGGGGGCCGGCUACAACGUGGGCCAGUCCAUUUCCUUUGAGUGCCUCCCCGGCUACCAGUUAAUGGGACACUCCAUCCUGACCUGCGAACACGGGACCACACGCAACUGGGACCGCCCCUUCCCUCGCUGUGAAGUGCCUUGUGGGGGUAACAUCAAGUCAGACAACGGAACUAUCUUCUCUCCUGGUUAUCCGGAGGAGUACCCCAGCUCUGCUGACUGUACCUGGCUGAUCACCGUAGCAACAGGCCUGGGUGUCAGACUCAACUUUACCCUACUGCAGGUCCAUGGGCCACAUGACUUCAUCACUGUCUGGGACGGCCCCCAGGAGACAGCCAGGAAGCUAGGUGUGUUUACGGAUGGUGAGCCCAACGAACCCGCAAGCAGCACGUCCAAUCAGAUCCUAGUUCGUUUCCGUAGCAACACUGAGAAAGGUGGAUUGUUCCGAAUCAACUAUCAAGCAUACACACUCCAGUUCUGCCUGCCUCCCCCUAUUAUACCCAAUGCUGACAUCUUAAUGGCCAGCAAGGAAUUUAAAAUUGGUGACAUAGUGCGUUACAGGUGUCUGCCAGGGUACCAGUUGAGUGGGAACAACAUUCUGACCUGUCGUCUGGGGACUCACCUGGAGUUUCAGGGACCUCCACCCUCCUGUGAAGUGACGUGUCCCAUGAACGAGGUCCUAACAGCCUCCACGGGCGUCAUCAUGAGCCAGUCCCCCGGUAGCGGCUUCCCCCACUUUGAGUCCUGUUCCUGGGUGGUCAAGGUAGAGCCGGGCUACAACAUCACGUUCACUAUACAACACUUCCAGACCAGCCGGCAGUUUGACGAGUUGGAGAUCUUUGACGGUCCGUCCAGACAGAGUCCUCUCCUGGUCACUCUGAGUGGAAACUACUCUUCUCCUCUCAGCAUCACCAGCUCUAACAACAAGGUCUACCUCCACUGGUCCUUCGACCACACCACCAGCCACAAAGGCUUCCGCAUACGAUACUCAGCGUCAUACUGCAGCCCACCAAGCAACCCUCUCAAUGGAACAGUCCACAGUCAGACAGGCACCAAGCUAGGCAGUACCCUGCGCUUCAGCUGUGACCAGGGCUUUCGUCUGAUUGGCCAAAGCAGUGCCACCUGCACCCGCACCCUCCAGGGGAUUUAUAUAUGGAACGCCCCCGUACCGCUCUGCCAAGUGAUGGCCUGUGGGAUGCCUAUACCCCCAGUAAAUGGUAGCAUAGUCGGGCAGGACUUCACUCUUGGUGCCAGGGCCAUGUACCAGUGCAACCCCGGUUUCAGAUUGGCCAACCCCCUGGCCGUGUCAGUCGUCUGUCAGGAGUCUGGGAGGUGGAGCUCCAAUGAGGCCACGCCCCGCUGCAUACCGGUGACCUGCCCUGACAUAGGCCACUCUGCUGUGGAUCACGGGAGAUGGAGGCUGAUCUACGGGUCUCAGAGCCAGUACGACGCCAUGAUGAUGCUCAUCUGUGAUCCCGGAUAUUACUACAAGGGUCAGAGGGUCAUCCGUUGCCAGGCCAACAGCACCUGGGACUACCCAGAGCCCCGGCCGGCCUGCGAGAUAAUCUCCUGUGGGGACCUGGGCACUCCUCCGAAUGGUAAUAAGAUCGGGACUCUGACGGUGUUCGGAGCGACAGCCAUCUUCUCCUGUAACACAGGCUAUACGCUGGUUGGUUCCCGGGUCAGAGAGUGCAUGUCCAAUGGCCUCUGGAGUGGAUCUCAGGUCCAGUGUUUCGGUAAGGGAACCAGACUGCAUGCAUAUGUGACUGUAUCCUUUGUCUCUCUCUGUUGUCCCUCGUCUCUAGCGGGUCACUGCGGUACCCCUGAACCAAUAGUGAAUGGUCAGAUCAUAGGAGAGAACUAUAACUACAGAGGUAGUGUGGUCUACCAGUGUAACCCGGGAUUCAGACUCAUCGGGGUGUCUGUACGCAUCUGUGAACAGGAUCACCGCUGGUCUGGGCGCACCCCUGUCUGUGUCCCGAUCACAUGUGGUCAUCCAGGCAACCCUUCCUUUGGCUUUACUCAGGGAACGCAGUUCAACCUGAACGAUAUUGUGCACUUCGCGUGCAACACCGGAUACGUCCUGCAGGGGGCGGUUAAGUCUCAUUGCCAGUCCAACGGACAGUGGAGCAACACCCUACCCAAGUGUAAAAUUGUGAACUGCACAGAGCCAGGUCAUGUGGAGGACAGCGUGAGACAGGUGACGUCUGAAGGCCCUGGUCUUUACAGCUUCCAGACCUCCGUGUCCUACCGCUGUAACCCUGGUUACUACCUACUGGGAACCAGCACUCUGUCCUGCCAGGGAGACGGCACCUGGGAUAGAACACUGCCCAAGUGUCUGUUGGUGUUGUGCGACCGUCCCAGCAUGCCCCCUUACGCCCAGAUCUCCGGUGACCGUCGGACGGUGGGUUCGGUGAUUCGGUUCAGCUGUAUUGGACAGAGGACGGUGAUCGGUAACACAACACGCACGUGUCAGCUGGGUGGACAGUGGAGCGGCUCGUUACCACACUGCUCUGGAGAGUCGUCUGGUCUGUGUGGGGAUCCAGGUAUCCCAGGCCACGGUAUCAGACUCGGAGAAGACUUCUCGGUGGGCAGUGUGGUGGGGUUCAGCUGUGAACAGGGAUAUGUCCUACGAGGUUCCUCAGAGAGAACAUGUCAACCCAACAGCACCUGGGUGGGCACACAGCCAGAGUGCCAUGUGAUCUCCUGUGGGAACCCAGGAACACCCCGUAACUCCCAGAUCCUGUCUCAUGAUGGCCUGGUGUUUUCCCGCUCCAUCACCUACACCUGUCGAGACGGUUACUACUCCAACGGACUGCUCACACGUCACUGCACGGUUAACGGGAGCUGGACCGGGAGCAUGCCUGAGUGCACGGUUAUUAUGUGUGGGGAUCCAGGUGUGCCAGCUAAUGGUUUGAGGUUGGGCAGUGAAUUCACCUACAACAGCACUGUGAGUUUCCAGUGUGCCCCAGGCUUCACUAUGGACGCUGACCGCGCUUCAACCCUGGUCUGCACUAAGGACCGCACAUGGAACGGGACCAAGCCACAAUGCAAAGCUAUAGUGUGUAUGGCCCCGCCUCCCAUUCCUAACGGCCAGGUGGUUGGAACAGACUUCACCUGGGGCAACAGCGUUAGUUACGCCUGUAACCAGGGUUACCAGCUCUCCCUGCCCACCAUGAUCACCUGCCAGGGAAACGGCACCUGGAUUGGAGAAAAACCACAGUGCUUCCCUGUGUUCUGUGGAGACCCAGGUGUCCCGGCCCAGGGGAGAAGGGAGGACCGUGGGUUCACCUACCUCUCCUCUGUCUCCUUCUCCUGCUCUCCUCCUUUGGUGUUGGUGGGUUCAGCCAGAAGAUACUGUCAGUAUGAUGGCAUCUGGAGCGGCACGCAGCCCUCCUGCAUAGAUCCCAGUCACACCACCUGUGGAGAUCCUGGAACACCUCUGUUUGGAAACCAGAACAACACCCAAGGAUACCAGAUCAGCAGUACAGUAUUGUUCAGCUGUAGGAAGGGCUACCUGCUACAAGGCUCCACAACACGCUCCUGUCUCCCAAACCUCACCUGGAAUGGCUUCCAACCAGAGUGUAUAGCCCACCACUGUAGCCAGCCAGAGAUGCCCACCCAGGUGGAUGUGUCUGCCAUAGAGUUGCCGUCUCUAGGUUACACCCUGAUCUACACCUGUCAGCCAGGCUUUUACCUGGCCGAGGGUUCAGAACACAGAACCUGUCGGGGUGACGGGAGCUGGACCGGGAAGCAACCUGUCUGUGCUGCUGAUAUCCGUCCCAGUGGGAAUACAGUGGGGACCGUCCAGGAGCCGCCCAAUCCUAAACUACCAGUCCCGGUUGGUGUGUUUGCUAAGAACAGCCUGUGGAGAGGAUCUUAUGAGUACCUGGGGAAGAAGCAGCCGGCCAUGCUGAGCAUUACCUCCUAUGAAGCCUUCAACCAGCGAGUUAAUGGAACUCUCAUCGACCACAGUGGGGUGGAACUCAAACUGGCUGGUACCUAUAAGAGAGAGGAGUCUCAGCUCCUGCUGCAGGUGCAUCAGAUCAGAGGUCCUGUAGAGAUCUUUGUCAACAAGUUUAAGAUGGAUAACUGGGCCCUCGACGGACAUGUGUCCUACAUUGCCUCAUCUAGUUCCUUUGUGUACCAAGGAUUCGUCCGAGGAAAAGGAUUUGGUCAGUUUGGUCUUCAACGACUGGAGAGUUUAGACACAAGCAGAGAGAAUUCCCACUUCCCCCCCAACAGCAGUUCAGUGGCAGCGGCCAUCUUAGUGCCGUUCAUAGCCAUGAUCAUCGCGGGCUUCGCUCUGUACCUCUACAAACACAGGAGAAGACCUAAGGUACCGUUUAACAGCUAUGCAGGCCAUGAAAACACUAAUGGUAGAGCUACGUUUGAGAACCCCAUGUACGACCGCAACAUCCAGCCCACCGACAUCCUGGCCAACGAGACAGAGUUUACAGUCAGCACAGUGUGCACGGCCGUAUAGCCACUG